AUGUCUGACCUACUUCCACUAGCCACGUACAACUUGAAAAUUGAGCCAUAUUCUCCUACGCCUGCUGUGGACGUCACUGUUCCAGUUACGGUGAGAAUCACUUUGGCAGCCGUCGACCCAGACGCCGUGGACGAUGAAGAGAAACCAUCGACCUUGAGAAUCAUCAAGAGAAACCCAGAUUUCGACGAUGACGAGGACGACAUUUUGGGAGGCGACUUUGACGAAGACGAGUUGGACAACGAGUCUGAGGAAGAAGAGCAACCUAAGGAAGAAGAACAGCCAGCCAAGAAGAGCAAGAAGAACAAGAACAAAAAACAGGAGAAAGAAGUAGAACAAGUGCAAGAGGAAGAGGAAGAGGAAGAAGAAGAAGACGAGGAGGAUGAGGACGAAGAUGAUGACGAGUUCCAAGAAUACGUGGUGUUGACGUUGUCGCCUAAGGUUCAGUUCCAACAGACCUUGGAUUUGGUCAUUGCCCCAGAAGAGGAAGUGCAAUUCGUGCUGACUGGCUCCUACCCUAUCUACUUGACCGGUAACUACGUCAAGCACCCAUUUGACCAACCAAGAUAUGGAGACGACGGCUCAGAGGACGACUCUGAAGCCGAAGAUGAGGAUUACGACAGCGACGAGUACGACUUGACCCCGGACGAGGACGAAAUCUUGGCCGAAUUGGAAGAUGCCAGUGACGUCGAGGGCCGCAUCGAGGAGAUCUUGCAGCAGGAGGAGGAUCAGAAAACCAGCAAGGGCAAGACCGCUUCCAACAACAAGAGAAAGAAGCAGGACGAGGACGAGGAUGUCCAGCCUGCACUAGAGGCUCCAAAGGAGACCAAGAAGGCUAAGAAGGACAAGAAGGAGAAAAAAGUGGAAUUCAAGAAAGACCUAGAAGAGGGCCCAUCCAAGAAGGCUACAAAGGACGAAAAGCCGAAGACCAAGGUCCUAGAGGGCGGUGUCAUCAUCGAGGACCGCGUCACCGGCCAAGGCAAAGUCGCCAAAAAGGGCUCCAAGGUCGGCAUGAGGUACAUCGGUAAGCUAAAGAACGGUAAGGUCUUCGACAAGAACACCAGCGGCAAGCCUUUCAACUUCAACUUGGGUCGUGGUGAAGUCAUCAAGGGCUGGGACAUCGGUGUUGCCGGCAUGGCCGUCGGCGGUGAACGUAGAAUUGUCAUCCCAGCACCAUACGCUUACGGCAAGCAAGCCCUACCUGGCUUGCCAGCCAACUCCGAGUUGACUUUCGACGUCAAGUUGGUUUCGAUGAAAUAG